AUGGCUGGAGUGCACCAGAGUACAAUAAAUUUUAUCAAUAUAACCACUGAGAUUUCGUCUGUUAUAGGAACUACAGUCAAGGGACCUAAACUCUAUACUCUUUGUGUUUACACUUGGACUCCGCCUGUUGAGUUGUCCAUCAUAAAAGCGUUGAAAAUUUACGUAUUCCCACUCAUGUUUCUGAUAGGAUUCAGCGCCAAUAUGAUGAGUGUCGCCAUCCUGAAACGGAGCGGCCUGAAGAAACCAACCAACGUUCUUCUACUUGGCAUGGUGAUAGCUGACAGCAUGGUUCUGUUGCAGGGCAUAGAUUUCGCGGAGCUGUUGUCCUUUCUAGGUCCAAACUAUGAAUACCCUAAGUACUGCGGGUGGCAGUACGGCGUGCUGGUCAACUAUUUUCUACUCGCCUGCGACAUACUAACCUACUUCUUCGUCGAGUACGGCAUCCGCGUCAACACGACAAUACCGAUUCUCAUCACUCUAGAGAGGUUCCUGGCAGUCUACAUGCCGAUGACUUUUAAGAAAAUCGUAACGACUAAGUCAGCCAUGAUAAGUGUUAUAGCAGCCUAUGUCGUCUGGCUACCUUGGCCAGUGUUCUACUUAUCCUUGUUUCGCUACCUUAUCCAGCUGGAGAAAAUCAUGCUCUUCGCUAUUGGUUUCCAAAGAGACAACCAGCUGGAAAUCUACACCCUCUUAAACUACAACGUAGUUCCGUUUUUCUCCACUUGGAUGCCCAUAUUUUUCAUCGGCAUUGGCUGCAUUCUUAUAUCCAUCAGGGUGAAGGUAACACUGAGCAGACGGAAGCAGAUGACGUCCAAGCAAGACAGCGCCACCUGGUCAGCCAGAACGACUAGGACCCUUCUGACCACAUGCCUGUUCCUGUUCAUAUCCACCAUAAUUUCAUUUUUCUUAGACUAUUUUAACAACUCUAUCGACGACGGGUACUACUACUUUGAAGAGGAGUGCGCUACGUUAAACUAUAUGAUUAACGCCUCGAGUAAUUUCUUUGUCUACAUCGCAACGAAUAGAAAAUUUGCCAAGAUUUUUAAAGACAUCAUCUGUAGGAAGAAGCGAAGGCAACAGAUCUAUUAA